CUACGUUAGUUUUGGAGGUAUAACAAAAUUACCAGCCACCCAGCUUAAAGAAAUUGCUUAUGGACUUGAAGCUUCUGGUCACUCAUUCAUUUGGGUAGUUCGGAAAAGGAAAGAAGAUGAAUAUGAGGAAAUUUUUCCAGAGGGAUUCGAAGAGAGAAUGAAAGAAAGCAAAAGGGGUUUUAUAGUAAAAGGUUGGGCACCACAGGUGCUGAUUCUGGACCAUCCAGCAACCGGUGGGAUGGUGUCCCAUUGUGGUUGGAAUUCGAUACUUGAAGGUCUAAAUGCAGGGUUGCCAUUGAUCACUUGGCCUCUUUUUGCGGAGCAAUUUUUCAACGAGAAGUUUUUGACUGAUGUGGUGAGAAUUGGUGUUGCUGUGGGAGUGAAAGAAUGGAGAGAAUGGGGACAAGAAGGAACAGCGUUGGUAAAGAGAGAGGAGGUUGAGAAGGCUGUGAAGUUGUUGAUGGGUGUUGGGGAAGAAGCUGAAGAUAUAAGGAAGAGAGUGGGUACGCUUAAAGAUGAGGCAAAGAAGGCUGUGGAAACUGAGGGUUCAUCAUAUGCCAAUUUGAUGGAUUUGAUCAAUGAGCUAAGGUCCUUCAAGAUGACCAAGACUGUUAAAUAACAGAGCUAGCCCAUGAGCCCUUGGAAAUCGUUUGCAAAAGCAGUUGUUCUGCCCUGCCUUAAAUUAUCUGCCAUUUUUAAAUUUGUCAUAUUGACUUUUUUUGUUUUGCUAAUAUCAUAUUGAUUUGUUUCUUCCUUAUUGCGUAACUUUUUUAUGUUGUCAUGGAAUUUAAAAAAAUGAAAGGAAAGCUAUAUAUAACCAGUACAUCACAUAGCGUAAUAUGUUGCGCCUAUUAAUUUCA